CUUCGCUUCCUUUACUCUUAUGUAUGUCUAUACACCCUUUCCUGAGUUCUUCACCACAAUAAUUACAACAGCUCUCUUCUCUAUCCUUUUUCCAUGGCUUCUUCUUCUUCUACUACUACUUCUCGCAACUGGACGUACAAUGUUUUCCCGAGCUUUCGUGGAGAAGAUGUCCGAAACACAUUCCUCAGCCAUCUUCUCAUGGAGCUUGAACGCAACUUGAUCACUACAUUCAUCGACCAUGGCAUCGACAGAAGCCGCCCUAUCGGACCUGAGCUUUUAUCAGCGAUAAAAGACUCUAGGAUCGCAAUCGUCAUCUUCUCUAAGAACUACGCCUCGUCAACAUGGUGUUUGAACGAACUGGUGGAGAUCCACAAUUGCUUUAAGGAUCUGGAUCAGAUGGUCAUACCGAUUUUUUACCAUGUCGAUCCCUCUGAGGUUAGAAAGCAGACUGGAGAAUUCGGCGAGAGGUUUAAAGAAACAUGCAAAGACAAAACAGAAGGUGACAGAGAAAGGUGGAUUCGAGCACUUGCUGAUGUAGCAAAUUUGGCCGGAGAGGAUUCUAAGAAUUGGACUGUUGAAGGCGAAGCAAAAAUGAUUGAGCAUAUAGCAAAGGAUGUGUUCAAUAAACUUAUGAUACCAUCAAAUGAUUUUAGUGACAUUGUGGGGGUUGAAGCUCAUUUUGAGAAGUUGAAUUCGCUUUUGUGUUUGGAGUCUGAGGAGGUUAUGAAGUUAGGAAUUUGGGGGCCUUCAGGGGUAGGUAAGAGUACUAUAGGAAGUGCUCUUUUUAGUUUACUCUCUAGCCGAUUCCACAAACAUGCUUUCUUCGUCUCUUACAAGCGUAAAAAAACGUGGGAUGAUAAUAAAAUGAAGUUGUGUUUGGAUGAACGACUUCUGUCGGAAAUUUCAUGUCAAAAGGACGUAAAGAUACGUCAUCCAGGUGUGGCAAAACAAACGCUAAUGCAUAAGAAAGUUCUUAUCAUCGUUGAUGAUGUGGAUGAUCUUGAUGUGCUAAACACCUUGAUGGAUCAAACUAGUUUGGUUGGAUCCGGGAGCAGAAUCGUUGUGAUAACUCAAGAUAGGAAACUUUUAAAGUCUCAAAAGAUUGAGCUUAUUUAUGAGGUGGAGCUCCCAUCGUAUGAUCUGGCUAUGCAGCUGUUCUGUCGAUCUGCGUUUGGGAAAAACUCUCCGCCUUAUGGUUUCGAAGAACUCGCAGAGGAAGUUGUACUGCAUUCAAGUAAUCUCCCUUUAGGUCUAAGUGUCUUGGGUUCGUCGUUGAAAGGGAUGAACAAGGAGGAGUGGGUGAAGAUGCGGCCCAGGCUCCUGAAUAGUUUGGAUGGUAAAAUCAAGAAUACACUAAAAGUCUGCUAUGAUAGGUUAGAUGUCAAAGAGCAAGAAUUGUUCCUUUGGAUUGCAUGCUUAUCCGAUUGUCGUAACGUCAAUUUCUUAAAAGACUUGCUUGGAGAUAGUGCUGAAAUUGGGCUCAAAAUACUGAAUGACAAGUCCCUAAUACGUAGGGAAUCAACAGAAUUUGUUGGAAUGCACAGUUUGUUACAGAUGUUGGGUAAAGAAAUCGAUCGUGCAGAGACCAUCAACAAUCGUAGGUUCUUGACGGAACUUGAGGAUACAUGUGAUGUACUUACCGAUAAUACUGGCCCAAAAAAUACUCUAGCCAUGUACUUGAACAUGUCAGAAAUCAACGAGGAAUUGUUUAUAGAUAAAAAUUCAUUUCGCGGAAUGCAUAAUCUGAAACUUCUAAACUUUUACAAAUCCUUGUGGUCAAGGGAGACCGGAAAAGGCAGACUGUAUUUACCUGAUCGAGGCCUGAAUUAUUUUCCACGCAAACUCAGAUUUCUACGUUGGGAUGAAUAUCCAUCCAAGUGUAUGCCUUCUCACUUUAGAGUGGAAAGUCUGGUUGAACUUAGAAUGGAGUAUAGUAAGCUUGAGAAGUUGUGGGAAGGAACUCAGUUUCUUGGAAGUCUGAAGGAGAUGGAUAUGAGUUAUUCUGCAGAUUUGAAAGAGAUUCCAGAUCUUUCAAAAGCCAUAAAUGUCAAGGAAUUGAAGCUUUGGGGAUGCUCAUCUUUGGUGGCUCUUCAUUCCUCAAUUGGGAAUCUCAGUAAAAUGUAUGGAUUGAGGCUUUCGGGAUGCACAUCUUUGGUGACAUUACCUUCCUCGAUUGGGAAUCUCAGUAAACUGUCUGAAUUGGACAUGUCGAAAUGCUCAAACCUUAACUUUCUGCCAGCUGAUGUCGACUUGGAAUCUCUUGAAGUCCUCAAUCUUAACGGAUGCUCAAAGCUGAGAACGUUUCCUCGUAUAUCAAGGAACAUUAGAUCGCUUUACUUAGAGGAAACUGCAUUAGAAGGAGAAGAAGAUAGUUCUUGGAUUGAGAAUAUCCCUCACCUUAAAGAACUUUAUUGGGAUGAUGUACCACUGAGUUGUAUGCCACCUAAUUUCAACCCAGAAGAUAUGGAGUACCUUGUUAUGAGUAGUGGCAGGCUUAAGAAGUUAUGGGGAGGGGUCAAGUCGCUUGGAAAACUCUGGGGGAUGCAUUUGUCAGGAUGUGAAAGCCUCGUUGAAAUUCCAGAUCUUUCAAUGGCCAUCGGCCUUAGGUAUUUGGAACUCAAAAAUUGUAAAAGCUUGGUUAUGCUUCCUUCUUCAAUUAGGAAUCUCUACCAACUCAAGCGCUUGAACAUGGAAGGAUGCACAAUGCUCGAGGCUCUACCAGUCGACAUCAACUUGGUUACUCUUAAAGAGCUCUAUCUCAGCGGAUGCUCAAAACUGAGAAUUUUUCCUCAGAUUUCAACCAGCAUUGUACUUCUCUAUCUAGAUGACACUGUGAUUGAAGAAGUUCCUUCCUGGAUUAAGAACAUGUUUCGUCUCAAGAAACUAACAAUGCGUCGGUGCAAGAAUUUAAAGAACAUAUCCGCAGAGAUUUUAAAAUUGGAAUGUGAUAAGGCAGACUUUUCAGACUGUGGAGGAAUCACAACAAUCUGUGACCACUUACCAGGACGGCCACACAAUGAUGUCUUUGAUAUGUCUUCAUAUAUUUCUUUCAGAUUUCCGCAAGUGGCUCCUUUCAAGUUCCAUAAUUGCUUCAAUUUGGAUCGAGAUGCACAGGAAAUCAUUAUACAAUCAUACCGAAACGUGGCCGUUAUGCCAGGUGGAGAAGUGCCUAUGUAUUUCAUGCAUCGAGCUUGUGGAAGUUCCCUAAGUAUCCUUUUGUCUGAGAGCUCUCUUUCUCAAGAAUCUAUAUUACUUAAAACUUGCAUCGUGGUUGGACCUUCAAGACACUACCCCGCCAGAUUAACAGUUCGUCAGUCCUUUCGAGGCCAAAAAGAAGAGAUUCCUUGUGAUGUUCUAGUGGACACAUGCACGUACGAGAUGGAUCAUCUGGUUUUGUUCAUCUUACAUUUACAAAUAAAACGAGUGGAUGACUCGCCAUCUGAACCGAACAACAACGUUGUACUACUUGAGUUUUAUAAAAGCCAUUAUGAUGGAUAUUAUGAAGGGUGUUCCUGCGGCAGCAGCUUUGGCAGCCACAAGCAAAAUCCUACCCUUGAAGAGAUAAAAGGAUGCGGUGCACGAGUCAUGAAUAUCUCAAAAACAGACGACGAAGAAAGUGAUGAUGAGAGCAACAGAAGCAAGAAGAAGAUGCGGAUGGCAGUUCUGACCAGGGACGGAGCCACAUGAAUCAUUGCGGUGUCACUCGACACCACAAAUAACUAUAAUAUUUUUUUUGUGUAAGCACUAAGAUAACAUGUGAUGGAUAUUUGGUUAUAAAAGGUGUAAGAGCAUGUCCAACGGUUUAGAAACUUAAAUGAUUAUGUAAAAAUUAUAAUAACAAUAUUUUGAUUUAAAUAGAUUAUUGAAUUAAAUUUUAAGUGAUAACAGAAAUCUAAUUAAUCAUAUAGUGACAUUUGGCAAGGUAGUUUUUAAU